AUGGACCCAAACGCUAACUUCAUGUCGCCAAAAUUCAAGGACAGACCCAUCAUCUUGUCUCCACCGCCUGUGGAGCAGCAGGGCGCUGGAAACUUCUCCUUGGGCUCAAUGGACCAGCCUGCUCCGAACUACCAAAGAAACCAGAGUGUGGGCUACAACUUACAGCAAGAAUUCGAAGCGUUGAAAGCAGACUUGGACUUGGACUUGAGCAACACCAACGUCAACGAAACCUUGUCAGGCCACGACCUCUCGUCCAACGCCGGGCCAUCCUCGACCACCAUGGCGCAGUCAGGCUCCAGAAUUUUGUCUGGAGGCCCUAGUUUAUUGUCUCCCAGCACCAGCAACCAAGGGUACUUGGGGUCGAACUUGUCGGAAAGCCUUUUGCGUGAUCCAAACUUGUCUUCAGGAAACGGCGGCUCCGGGCUCCAUGGGUUGUUGAACAACAAGAGCACUGGUUUCUUGCCACCGCUUUCGUCUGUGCCUAGCCGGCCACAAUCGGUGAAUGAUUUUUCAAACUUGAUGCCCCGUCAAAAGACUUCGCAGUUUUCUCGCUUGCAGCAAACUAGUAACUUCUACCCUGACGUGUUGGCCUAUACCAGCUGGAUGGAAAACUUGAGCCAACAGGAGUUCAUGGCGUUGCUCGAUCACUGGUGCAGCAGCUUGCCCUUUGACAUUUUGCUCACCAUGAAAGCCAAGUUGGAGACACAUUUGCACCAGGGCCCCCAGGCUUCUGGACCGCUGGUGUUUGGUAAAGUCGGCGGCUACUCGCAAUACCAUAAUGACUUUGUCUCUGACAUGGAAUCCAUGUCUUUGGGAGACAGCAUGCGCCUGACUUCUACUAUGGGCCUGGGUGGUCUAGUGCAGCCCAAGCCGAAAACGAACGCUUUCAAGAGCCACUUGUUUGCUGACCCAAAGGUCCAGAGACCGAAGCUGGCCGAUCCUUCGUUGCACAACCGCUUUCUGCAAGGCCAAAGUCCGAUGGACCGGGCCCGCUCACCCACCUCGCACUUUUACGAAAAGACCAACUUCUUGCAGUUGGCGGCUGCAAGCAACUCUCUGCACAUGUACAGCCAGGGUCAGCAUGUGUCCAACAGCUCGGAAGAAGGCUUGGACUCGUCUGCAGCAUCCAAGCUCGGUGCACUUGCCACAAUUAACUCCCGUGUUGCCUUGGACUCAAACCGCAAGAACCACCAGCCUGUGGCUCAAGCACGUGGACACAGUGCUCUUUCAUACGAAGAGUCCAUCAAUAGAAUGGGCAACUCGUCUUCUGUGCCGGCUAGUACGUCCCAGAAGUAUUCUGUUGCUGCCGCCUUGUCGGGUCCUUCUGCUUCUGGUAUAAAGGCUAAGAAGGACACCGAGUCGCCGGCUAAAACCUCGCUCAACCCAAGCAACAGCCCUUCUUCCGGCAGUUCGUCCAUGCCGUCGGAGAUUGCAAGUCCCGAGUUGUUGAACAACAUUCCUGCCUGGUUGAAGUUGCUCAGAUUGCACAAAUACACGGACUGUCUCAAAGACGUCCAUUGGAGAGAGUUGGUGGAAUUGGACGACCAACAGUUGGAAGAAAAGGGUGUAAAGGCUUUGGGUGCGAGAAGAAAGUUGUUGAAGGCAUUUGACGUGGUGAAGCAGAUGAGAACGUAG